AAAAAUUACAAAAACAUCUGCUACUAACAAAUGAUAUGGAUUUUUGAUAUAGAAAAUCAUUAACGCAUUACCAUUUAUGUUCACAAUGUAGUUCACGGAGGUUUAAUUUUCUUAAGGAUCAUUCCGAUAUGGUCGAAAAAAACGUUGAUCCACUACAAAAAUGCAAUAUGAGAACGGGAUUCAAAUGUUUUAAAGCAAGUACCACUGAGCGGAAUUUGAUCUGACCGAAUAGCCCGAAAGUCGACAAAAUGGCUAAACCGAAACCGGCAGUGGGAAGUGAUGAUUGGAGGAAUACCAACCAAACCUGGGAAGAAAAGAUGAUGCAUAUCUUUAGAUGCAAUUAUGGUUCCGACAUAACCAUAAAAAUAUGCGAAGAUAAAAAUGAAACAUCUUUCAAGGCUCAUCGAUUCGUACUGAGCAUGUCCAGCGAAGUGUUUGACGCGAUGCUGAAAGCUCCGGUUUUCAAAAACCCAGGUGAUGCAGUUUUGAUGUUGAUGAACGUAAACGCGGCAGCUUUUGGACUUUUCUUAGAGUACAUUUAUUGCAAGACGUUGCAGUUUAAGAGCAUAAAAGAGGCAAUAGGCGUAUACAAGAUUGCGGAUAAGUUCAAUAUUACCGAGCUGAAAAAUACGUGCGUGAAUUACCUCGAUGAACACUUCAGCAUAGAGAACGUUAUGGAGUGUGUGGAGUUCGCGGAUGCUUACAGACUUGAAGGAUUGAAACAGCGAUGCGUUGAAAUAAUACAACACAACACAGGCACGAUUUUGAACGAAUCCAACAGCCAUACGUGGAAAAUAGAGUGGCUGAUGCUUGUAUUGGACCAACCAGCUUUAAGUAUACCUGAACCAGAAUUGUUCAGAAUGAUCACUGUCUGGUUGAACAAUUGCAACGCCGAAAACGAGUGUGCGAAGAGCAAAGCGCAGGCGUGCCUCCUCCCGAAGUUCUGUUUCAUGAAUUUUAAAGGCGAAGAGUUUGUGGCAGGUCCUGUCAAAUCCGGUCUUCUGACGAAGAAUCAGUCGUUGGCGAUUUUGGGGCACAUCGUCGCCGACGAAAACUGCCAUUUGGACUACCCGGAGGGUUUCAGCAAAAACGUCAGAAAUCUUCUGAAGGAGGUGGGCGACCGGAAAAGUCGUUCGAAAAGCAAAGAAAAGAAGGAAUCAAUUCACCGAGAAAAGUCAGAGGAAAGGAAAAGCGUCGAAGCAACGUGAUCGUAUGAGGAAAGGAUAACCCUAAGAAAUAAACUGAAAAUUUUACAAAUGAAAAAAUAAAAAUAAGAAAAA